AUGGCAAGAGGAAACUCAACAUGUUCAAAUUCAAAGUACCUCAUGUUUUUGUGCAUCUUCAUGUUCAUGCUCAACUUCCACUCAUCCCAUGGAGAACAACAAGAGCUCCAGCUUCUGUUAUCCUUCAAAGCUUCCAUCCACGACCCACUUCACUUCCUCUCCAACUGGGUCAGUUCCUCUGCCACUCCCUGCAACUGGCACGGCAUCACCUGUGGCGACAAUUCCUCCCACGUUACCGCCGUGGCACUCUCCGGAAAAAACAUCACCGGCGAGGUUUUCUCUUCCAUUUUUCAACUGCCACACGUCACGAGCAUCGACCUCUCCAACAAUCAACUUGUUGGGGAAUUCAAUCUUGACAUCAACAACAACACUCCUUCUCUGUCCCCACUCCGUUACCUCAACCUCAGCAACAACAACCUCACGGGGACUCUGCCUCAGUCCUUGUUCUCUGCUUCGUUCUUCAACCUCGAAACUCUGGAUCUCUGCAACAACAUGUUUUCAGGGAAAAUCCCAGACCAAAUAGGAAUCCUUUCCAGCUUAAGGUAUCUUGACCUUGGAGGAAACGUUUUGGUGGGGAAGAUUCCAAAUUCCAUCAUCAAUGUCACCACUUUACAGUACCUAACUUUGGCUUCAAACCAGUUAGUGGGUGAAAUUCCUGCAGAGAUAAGCCUAAUGAAGAGCUUGAAUUGGAUUUACUUGGGGUACAACAAUCUCUCAGGUGAGAUACCAGGUAGCAUUGGGGAACUAUUAGCUUUAAACCACCUUGAUCUUGUUUACAACAAUCUCACAGGAACAAUUCCUGAAUCUCUUGGGAACCUCACUUCUCUUCAGUAUCUCUUUCUCUAUGCAAACAAGUUGACAGGUCCUAUUCCUAAAUCCAUUUAUGAGCUCAAAAAGCUUAUCUCUCUUGACCUCAGUGAUAACUUUCUUUCCGGUGAGGUUUCUGAGCUUGUGGUCCAGUUCCAGAGACUAGAAACCCUUCAACUUUUCUCAAACAACUUCACAGGAAGGAUUCCAAAGGCUGUGGCAUCUUUACCUCACCUUCAGAUUCUUCAGCUUUGGUCAAACAACUUCACAGGUGAGAUUCCAAAAGAGCUUGGAAAGCAUAGCAACCUCACUGUUUUGGACCUGUCCUCCAAUAACCUCACAGGGAAUAUCCCAGAUGGGUUAUGCAGCCAUGGCAAUCUCAACAAGCUUAUCCUCUUCUCCAACUCUUUCCAUGGAGAAAUCCCACGUGGGAUAAGCUCUUGUAGAAGCUUGCAACGAGUGAGAAUCCAAAACAACAAGCUCUCAGGGGAAUUGCCAUCAGAAAUGACAAAACUGCCUCAGAUAUACUUCUUGGAUAUCUCUGGCAAUGAGCUUUCUGGAAGGGUUGAUGACAGGGAAUGGAACAUGCCUUCCCUUCAAAUGCUGAGUUUGGCAAACAACAAAUUCUCAGGAGAGUUACCAAACUCUUUUGGAACUCAGAACCUUCAGGACCUGGAUUUAUCAGGGAACACUCUCUCAGGCCAUUUAUCAAACAGUUUCAGUGCAUUAACAGAACUCAUGCAAUUGAAGCUUAGCAACAACAACCUCUCUGGUAACAUCCCAGAAGAACUCUCUGAAUGCAGCAAACUCAUUUCUCUGGACCUCAGCCACAACCAACUCUCCGGUCAAAUCCCAACAAAACUCGCCGCGAUGCCGGUUCUCAGCCUCCUCGACUUAUCGGAAAACGAACUCUCCGGUGAAAUUCCACAUAAUUUAGGAAGCAUUGAAUCUCUUGUUCAGGUAAACAUAUCACACAACCAUUUUCAGGGGAGUUUACCCUCCACCGGAGCUUUCCUUGCCAUCAACGCAAGCGCUGUCGCCGGAAACCACCUCUGUUACCGCAACAGCGAUGCUUCCAACGGUUUGCCGCCGUGCAAAGACAAUCAUCAGAACCAAACAUGGCCGUUCGUCGUGCUGUGUUUUCUGCUCGGGUUGAUUUCAUUCGCCGCAACAGCUUCUCUCAUCUACUUCGUGCGUUCCAGGAAGAAGAAUUCACAGCUCAGAAGAGUGGAGAACGAAGAUGGAACCUGGGAAAUGCAGUUUUUCGAUUCCAAUGCAUCGAAAUUGAUUGCAAUCGACGAUGUGUUGUCGUCGGUGAAAGAAGGGAAAGUGAUUUCGAAGGGAAGGAACUGGGUUUCAUACGAAGGGAAGUGCACGGAGAGUGACAUGCAAUUCACGGUGAUUGAAAUCGGCGACUCGAACUCACUUCCGGUGAGUUUCUGGGAGGAGGUGGUGAAGUUCGGGAAGCUCCGGCACCCGAACGUGGUUAACCUGAUCGGAAUGUGCAGGUCGGGGAAGAGAGGUUACUUGGUAUACGAGCACGAGGAGGGGAAGAGCUUGAGCCAGAUUGUGAACGGGUUGAGCUGGCAACGGCGGCGGAAAAUCGCGGUGGCGGUGGCGAAAGCGCUGAAGUUCUUGCAUUGUAACUGUUUUUUCGCCGGAGAGGUGUCGCCGGAGGUAGUUACGGUGGAUAACAAGGGCGUCGCUCGCCUGAAGGUGAGACCUCCCGGAAUAGCAAGCGUGGAUGUCAAGGGUUUCAUCUCUUCACCCUACGUUGCUCCAGAGGCAAUAACGACAAAAGAUGUGACUGAGAAGAGUGAGAUAUAUGGCUUCGGAGUCAUGCUGAUCGAAUUGUUGACAGGAAGAAGCCCUGUGGACAUAGAAGCAGGGAAUGGCGUGCACAACAGCAUCGUGGAGUGGGCUCGAUACUGCUACUCCGACUGUCAUCUUGACAUGUGGAUUGACCCAAUGAUGAAGGAUGGAGAUACAUCGACCUAUCAGAACGACGUUGUUGAGAUCAUGAACUUGGCUCUGCACUGCACCGCCACUGAUCCCACCGCAAGGCCAUGCGCGAGAGAAGUGCUCAAAACCCUAGAGACUAUUCACAACAGCAACACAACAAGAAGUUUUUGCUGAGUUUCUUUCCGUGCUCACAACCUUCUCAACUCUUUGAUUUUCCAUAUGCACUAUUCUCUGACUUUUGUUACAGUUUCUUUUUUCUUGGUUUUUUCCACUUGAGUUUUCACUUUUUUAUCCUUUGAUUUUGUUUAAAGUUUUUAUUUAGUUUAACUAGCAUAAGUAAUUAAGUUGUUGAUGAAGAGAUUGCUAGGGUAAUGUUUGCUUGAUGUUUUAUAUAUGGGUCAUGUUUGACAUACUGCUGAGUGUAAAAGUAAAUGUAAAUAAAUUGAAUGUCAUUAUAAUAAGAUGAUGAUCAUGUUUACACUUCCUUAAGCUGUUAA